AUGUUAAUCAAGGUUGAUGUGCUUGAAAAUGUGGAGAUCCGAGAACAAAAGCGAAGGGAUGAUGCUUACAAGGCUGCAAAAAAUAAAACAGGAAUCUAUGAUGACAAGUUCAAUGAUGAACCUGGUUUUGAAAGGAAAAUAUUACCAAAGUAUGAUGACCCGGCAGAAGAGGAGGUUUGCAAUGAAAAAGCUAUUGCAAUGAAAAAGCUAAUGGAUAACAAUGCAUUGGUGAGACAUCUUUCCCCAUGUGAGACGAUGGGAUCAGCUACUUGCAUCCCCAAAGAUAAGACAGGAACACUAACAACAAACCGAAUGGUAGUUAACAAGAUAUGGAUUUGUGAAAAAACGAAAAAGGUAGAAACUGAUGCAGGUCGGGAUGCAAUAACUAUGAACAUACGUGAAAGUGAAAUGACAUUGCUUCUGCAGGCAAUAUUUCAUAAUACGGUAGCAGAGAUUGUUAAGGCAAAGGGCGGAAAGAAAUCUAUUCUCGGUACACCAACAGAAUCAUCAAUAUUAGAAUAUGGAUUGCUUCUUGGUGGUGAUAUUGACAAGCAAAGAAGGGGCUGUAAACUCCUGAAAUGCUCGAAUCUUGAAUGUAGGUGAUCGCUCGAGCAUCAC